AUUAAUUAUUUUUUUUAAAGACUUAAGUUAGACUUAGCUGUCCCAUUUUUGUCUACUUGACCCAGCAUAGUUUCCAAACCUUUUAUUCAUUUUCUACAAUUUCCCAUCAAAAUAUCAUCACUUUUAAUCAAUUAAUUUCAUUUUAAAUUUUCUUUUUUCUAUGGAUUAUUUUGGGAUGUUACCAGAAGGUUGUUUAUCAGAAAUUUUAUCCUUUACUUCACCAGAAGAUACUGCUAGAUUAUCUGCUAGUUCAAGAGGAUUUAAGUCUGCUGCUGAAUCUGAUAUUGUUUGGGAGAAAUUUUUGCCAUCGGAUUAUCAACAUAUUAUUUCUAAAUCAAAUUAUUUAUUGAGUAAUUCUCAUUCGAAGAAAGAAAUUUAUUUUAGUCUAUGUGAUUCUCCAAUUCUCACUGAUGAUGGCAAAUUGAGCUUUUCAUUGGACAAGAAGACUGGGAAGAAAUGUUAUAUGGUAUCAGCAAGGGAACUCGUUAUUUCAUGGGGCGAUACACCACAUUAUUGGGCAUGGUCAUCUAACCCCGACUCCAGAUUUUCGGAAGUGGCUAAUCUUCGGUUUGUUUGUUGGCUUGAUAUGCGAGGCAAGAUUGAAACUCGGUUACUGUCAAAAAGAACCAAAUAUGUUGCUUAUCUAGUGUUCAAACUGGCAGGCGGAUAUUAUGGCCUUGAAACUGCUAAUGCAUUUGUAAGAUUUAUUGAUUGUGAGAGUAACGAUGAAGCUGAGGAACGAGCUAGUGUUGUUAGUCUUUCAGUACAAGGACCUGAUGAGAAUCAAUCCAAGAGAAGAGUCGAUGGAUGGAUGGAAAUAGAAAUGGGGAAUUUUUUCAACAAUGCAGGAGAGGAUGGAGAUGUUGAAGCGAGAUUGAUGGAGAUUAGGCGCCUCCUUGCGAAAGGUGGCCUCAUCGUUCAAGGAAUGGAGUUUCGGCCAGAAUGAAGAAUGAGAAGAAUCCUUCUCAAUAUGGCCCCUUCUCACCAAAUGGUCGAACUCGAGUUAUCCGUAGAGUUGGUUCACACACCACUAUAUCAAUGUACAAUACAAGAGUGAGUUACUGCUUGUACAAACCUCAUUUGCUUAUUAUGAUUGUAAACAAAAUAUGGUCUGUGUACACUCUACCAUCCCGGAUUCCACUUGUGGGACUACACUGGGUAUUGUCGUUGAUUGACAUGAUUUACAGCAUCAAUUUCUAUGUUCUGCUUCGU